UUUCUAACGGACAUAUAUUAUAUUGUUUAUAUAAUGUUUAAAUUUGUUCCAAUAUUAUUAAUAGCUAACAUUCUAAAUCCUGCCAUUUAAAAAACUGAUCGGCGUGUGUUGACAUUUGACUUUUGACGGCGUUUGCGAAUAUAGGUUAAGCAGUUAUGAAACGAUAUUUUUAUUAGUAUUUAUUGGGGUACUUUUAAGUCGGCGCGACAUGAAUUUACAACGAAGCGUCAGCGUUUUAAGGCGCGGUUACGAGCUGACAGUUCGCUACAGGAACAUGAAAACAGCGAGGCAAGUAUCGAGCGUCGCCUUAAACGAGAAACGGGACAAGAAAAGGUCCGUGUCCACGUACGAAAUAGCUACCGCGCCCAAAGAAGAGAGCUUGAUCGUUAGGAUUUUGACGAAAAUACCGUUCUUGCAGUUCGAAAGAGAGCGGCUGAGGAUCGUCGCGUGCGUGCUGUACGAGAAAAUCGCCGAUCAGGUGGAUUACGUCGCCUUUUUUGAGAAAUUCGAUUUACCCGACACAUUUUUCUCGUGGUUCAUCGUGACCGAGCUACAUCUUUGGAUGAUGUCGGUUCGUAUGAUGGCGGAGGGAGACAAAGGGAAGGUCGUCCGGAACGCCAUGUUCGAGGCGUUCUGGCUCGAUGUAGCCGCGAGAACGAAGCAACUGGGUGCCGCCAGUCCCAAAAUUAUGAGGCAACAGAUUAAUGAAUGUUCGGAACAGCUUCAGGCUGUUAUAAUAGCCUAUGACGAAGGUCUCGAGUGCGACGAUACAGUGCUAGCGAGCGCCAUUUGGAGGAGGUUUUAUCGGAUGGAGCACGUCGAACUGCCCCACCUUGAGAUGCUAGUGAGAUACGUCAGGAAACACGUUAUGUUGUUAGACGCGGUGCCCACGGAUCAGUUAUUCACGCGCGAAGCCCCAAUAAAUUGGGAACCUAUCAGCCUAUAUUAGGAUAUUAAGUUAAUUGUACAUAAUUAACCGUUAAUAAAUAAUUUAUAGUGUG